AUGUUAACCCAUAACGUUGUGGGUGGCGUUGACAUUGAUUGUUCAUUGAUGAAGCCCAGCAACGCCUUCCCUGUAGCAGACAAUAAUUUUACAGGCUCUCUAUUUGCCUUAAGAGGCGGAACUACUACAAUAUUAAGCACCAUACAUACGGAGCCGAAUACUUCUUUGGUUGCAGCAUUUAAUUCUUGGAUGAUAGAAGCUGGUAAUCCCGACACAGGCUUACGCUGCGACUAUGCUGUCUGCCCGACCUUACCCGGUUUCUCCCUUGAUGUCGUGGAUGAAAUGCGCUCUCUUGUGUCUGAUCAUGGUGUUGCUUGUUUUUCUCUUGAUCAUCUGGGCCCCUCCGUUGACUAUUCUUCUCAAUGUCAGUUUAGUAGCACUGCAUUUUUGGGUGGACUGUCCGCCUGUCGAGACCUAGGUGCAUUGGCUUGUAUAACAGCUUCUGUUUCCAAGAUCAUUUCGGAUAGGAUUUCAACUCGUUUGAUAAACUGCUAUCCUAAAAUAGGUCCGGAAGGCCAUAUGCUUUCGAGGCCUGAACGUGGUGAAUGUGAUUGUGUUUCUAGAGCUGCUCUUUUGGCUUGUCAUGCAAGUGAUAAGAUAUGUCCUUUACUUAUUCGUAGAAUUUGCAGUGCUCCCGCACUUAGCACAUUUUCGCAACUUCGUUGCAAUGGAAAUUUAUCAUCCGGUUUGAUUUUUGGCAUGACAACUGCUCCAGCUCUAGGAAGCAAGUUAAAAUGCCAAGGCGACAGAGUUUUAUCGUUUUCCUCCGAUUGGAGCAGUGCUGCUGGUUGUGUUUCUAAUCCACCGAUCCGGAUUGACCCUGAGGUCUCACAAUAUUUGGCCGCUCACUUGGCUGCGGGAGAUCUGUCAGCAGUAGGAUCUUCUCACUUGGCAUUCUCAACCAUCGUCAAGGCGUCUCUUGGUCGCGACGACUUUAGGCGUCUUCCUGAGGGGAUAGCAGCUAUUGGGGCUCGUUUGCCUGUAGUAUGGCAAACAUGUGUGCGUUCUAGUGGAUUAUUGGAUCCUUGUUCCUUUGUUUCUGUUGUCAGCACUAACCCUGCUAGAUUGGCAAAUCUAUAUCCUCGAAAGGGCCUUAUCUCCCCUGGCUCUGACGCUGAUCUUCUGGUUUGGAAUCCAGAGCAUACUCUUGAUCAUGGUAAUUGA